AUGCACUUCAUCUCUUCUGAUUUCGCCCGGUGUUUCCGUUAUGGUCUGCUUCGCCGGUACGGACCGCGCCGCCGUCUCGUUCAGGCCUUGUUUAUUAGCUUCGGGCUAUGGAUUGCACUAGAAAUCCUUCUCAUAUAUCAGCGGGUCUCAACAGCGGACACGAUCAAGCCCCGUGCGCCACAGAAACCGGAGCGAAUAUACAUUGCGAGCAUGCACUGGAACAACGAGGCGAUUCUGCGGAGUCACUGGAAUGACGCAAUCGUUCAAUUGGCUAGAACAUGGGGUGCGGAGAAUGUCUUCGUCAGUGUCUUUGAGAGCGGAAGCUGGGAUGAUACAAAGGGAGCGCUUCGUGAUCUUGAUGUCGAGCUGGAUCGUCUCGGUGUGAGACGGAACAUCACGCUUUCGGACACGACUCACGAGGAUGAAAUAUCGGUUCCUCCUUCGAGCGAAGGCUGGAUAGAUACUCCUCGCGGCCGGAAGGAACUCAGGCGUAUACCUUACCUGGCUCGGCUCCGCAACUUGACCCUGCGCCCUCUGGAGGAUCUCGAACGGGAAGGCAUAGCAUUUGACAAGAUUCUCUUCUUGAAUGACGUGGUAUUCACCGUAGAUGAUGUUAUUGAACUGCUUAACACAAACGAUGGGGUAUACGCCGCGGCUUGCUCUCUAGACUAUUCCCGACCUCCGUUGUAUUAUGAUACUUUUGCUUUGCGGGAUAGCCGCGGCGAUGAGCAUGUUAUGCAAACGUGGCCUUAUUUUCGUUCUACAACAUCUCGGCAUGCGCUCUUCAACAUGUCCCCUGUCCCCGUCAAGAGUUGUUGGAAUGGCAUGGUCGUUAUGCCGAUUGAGCCUUUUGUGUCGGGCACGCCGCUGCGCUUUCGUGGGAUUCCCGAUUCUUUAGCAUUGUUCCAUCUUGAGGCUUCUGAAUGUUGCUUAAUCCACGCGGACAAUCCUCUCUCAGGACUCCAGGGCGUCUACCUGAAUCCCAAGGUCCGUGUUGGUUAUAACGGCACGGCAUACGAAAAGGUUCACCCUGUUGGCUCCUGGCUGUCUCCACAAUAUAUCGCCUUGGCUCUGUGGGAGAACAGAUUCCGGCGGUGGGCUACCACGCCUAUUUUCAAGAAGUUGGUCGUGCGACGGAGGGUCGCCCAAUGGAAGGCUCUCUCUAGCGGCCGGCAUGAGCCAGGCGACUUCUGUUUGAUCAACGAGAUGCAGGUUCUCGUUGCUAAUGGCUGGGCCCAUGUAUAA